CUUCAUGGGUCGAAUCGGGCACAAAAGGGUUGGCAGACCAAGUUAAAGCCAUUUUAUUACAGCGUAAACAAGCUAGGGUUCGCUUCCCAAUCCUAGCCUCAUCACUCAGAGUUGGAGAAGAUCCAAUAUAGAGAAAGGAAGUUAAAAUAAGGUCUACCAUACAAGCUGCCUUGUUAAGCAAAUAGUAAUGAGACAGCAAGGGCAGUAUGCCCAUUCUGGUGUCAAUACAUAUGUGGGCAGCCAGAUGCAUAAUGUGUCUGGUCAGAGGAUGGAACACAAGCCUGGUCAUUUCCAAGGACGGCUAGAGGCCUUCACUCCGGAGAGGGAGCACCCAUAUGGGACCUCGAAUGAAGAGGGACAAUGGAGAUGGGAAAGGGAUGGAUCAAAAGUGUCAAAUUCAAUGGCAUCUUAUAUGUCCAAUGAAGGUCAAGGGGGUGAUGCUCCAAGAUCCUAUUUUCAGGGUCAGAGGCCUGAUCCAAAACUGGAUUUGGAGAAACAAAGCAACAGUGAUCCCAGAUCUCAGACGCAUGAAGAAAAUAUGAACAUUGUAUAUGAGGGCAAUCCUUUGUCACAGACUUUUGAAAAUCUUGAGCAGAAAUUCCGUGAUGACAUUAUAAAACUAGCCAAGGAGCAGAAUGACACUGAGGAUGCUGAAAAUGCUAGACAUAGAGAGAAAAUAAACGCAAUAAAUGCUCAGUAUGAGGAACAAUUAGCAGCACUUCGAGCACGGCAUGCCAUCCGUAGAGAUGAAUUCCUACAGAGGGAAUCAAAUGCACGGCAGCAUCAGCACCAGCAAGCCUUGAUGGAUCAGUACCCUAAAAGUGGCAUGGGAUCUAGUGAUCCUCAUGGUUACAGUGGAAUUGCGACCUCAGCUGCUGUGGCAGAAGCACAUAGAGGCUACAAUACUGAUGAUUUUGAUUCCUACAGAGAACGGGCUCGAUUUCUUGGUGAUGCCCGGGAGCAUGGACUUGAGCCAAGAGGUUCGUACCCUGGAGGUCGUGUCUAUGAUACUCGCUCACGCUACUACUAAUUGAGUUGCUUAGAUCACAUUGCCUUACUGGUUUCUCCUGUCCAGGUCUAUUCCUUAUCGUUUAGGCUGCUUGUACUAACAUUAGUACUCCCAUAAUCUCUAUCUUCUGCAGUGUUAUACUAUUUCUUUCUUUAUCACAAUCAAGAUCUCUUCUGUUUCAAUUAGUUGUAUAUUUCAGCAUCGAGAAGCAUAUUUGAGAAACAUUUUUCCUGAAAUCUAAGCAUCCGUGGUUGGAUACACUACUUGCUGAUAUAUGCUUCUGAUAUGCAAAUUAGCAUGCUGUUGAUAUAUUGCUUUGGAAAUGUGUAAUUCUUUGAAGGCUCGAGUAUUCUCUAAACACAAAAGAGCUUCAAGAAAUAGCGUGAUAAUGAAACUGGCAUCUUGCAUGUCUCUUGUGACUGGUGAGAAAUAGUUUAAUUGAAAGAUGUGACUAAACUCUUGUACAAACAAACGCAUAAUUAUGGAAUUUGAGGAGAUAUGAGGUUCCUUUUCACUCCUUAAUGUGACCAAUUAUUAUUACAA